GGCAGGGCUCGGCGGGCUGGGACGGCGGGAGGGGAGGUCUGCCGGGGAGCCUGCACGGCGUGUGGCCGGGAACGGAGGCGGCGCUCGAGGGAGGCCACGGCUUCUGCGCCAGCGACCUGCGCCGGGUCUGUGGCCACAGCGUCCAGCUUUCGUGCGGCAGGGCUCCUGGGGGCGAGAGAAAACCGAGGGUACAGCGAACCGAGAGGCGGUAUCCAGCUCCUCAGAUAAGAAACGUGAGGAAGGAAAAAAUAGGAAGCGAUAGUAGAUUAAGCCGUGUGUCUAGGUACCCGCUCACCGGCGGUGCUACAUCCCGGGGAGGGAGGAACGGCCACACUUCAGUCAACAGAUAGUCAGCAGGUGGCUGGAAAAUUGCUAUAUGCAGAGUUCUUCACUAGCUAUUACAUGAACAAGAAACACGAGGAAAAUGGUCUGAUAUGGAAAGUGGAAAAGAACAGUGAACAUUGUUCUGGAAAAAAGAAAUUAGAGAGCAAAAGUUACAAAAAAGCUUGGUUUCUCACAGAUCUGUCUUAUAGGGUAAAAAUGAACGUAGGAGUUGCCCACAGCGAGGUAAAUCCAAACACGAGGGUGAUGAACAGUCGUGGAAUGUGGCUGACGUAUGCGCUGGGAGUCGGCAUGCUGCACAUUGUCUUGCUCAGCAUUCCUUUCUUUAGUGUCCCUGUCGCUUGGACUUUAACAAAUGUGAUUCACAACCUGGGAAUGUAUGUGUUUUUGCAUGCAGUAAAGGGAACUCCUUUUGAAACGCCUGAUCAGGGGAAAGCUAGGCUACUAACACACUGGGAACAACUGGAUUAUGGAGUACAAUUUACAUCUUCGAGAAAAUUCUUCACAAUCUCUCCUAUAAUUCUGUACUUCCUGGCAAGUUUCUACACCAAGUAUGAUGCAACACACUUCAUCCUCAACACGGCGUCUCUCCUGACCGUGCUUAUCCCCAAGCUGCCACAGUUACAUGGUGUUCGAAUCUUUGGCAUCAAUAAAUACUAAGCAGAAGGUUUGAUGCUGACCACCCCUGAUAUGGCUACUGCUGCUCCCCAGGUGAAGGAAAUGAGUAUUGUGCUGUGUAUCUGCUCAUAUUCAAUGAGAGAUGCUUUCGCAUCUGAGAUACAAGUCCUACUUCCUGCAGCAUUGUCUGGGAUCAAGGUUGAGUUGAUAAGAAGAUGCCUUCAAAUACUACUUAAAUGGAAAUCAGAAACCUCUAUAAGAAAGAUUUCUUUGAAGAACUGGACAGGCCCAGCUCCAAAGCCUAAUUGCCACCAAGGCUGUACAUGUGCCUGGCUGAUGCACGUGACUUGUAAGGAAGGUGUCCAUAACAGAUGAAAUGAAGUGUUUCACUGGCAGCCAUAACGCAGAUGACAACUUGGCUCCUCCAUGGACUGGUGAGACUGCAUUCUUAGGUGAAGUGAAAGUAGCUGGUUCCUGCUGCAUGGAUUGUAGGUGGUUGUGUUUGUUACUGCAUUGUAAAAGUUUGUCUCACAGUAAAUACUGCGACAGCUAAUACAAACUGACAGUGCAAUUCA